AUGUCUUUGGGUCGGCUCCUUCGGCGCGCCUCUUCCAAAGCCUCCGACCUCCUGACCUUAAACCCUGGGGCGGGGGGAUCAUCGUUGCGCUCAGGGCUGGAUGGCGAGAUCAUCUUCUCCAAAAAUAAUGUCUGUGUGCACCCUGCGGAGCCGCUCCCUGGCCUGGCUGACCACCACCCAGGCUACUUGUGUGUACAUGUGGAGAAGGAUGAGAGCCUGGGGACCACCCUGAUUCUGACCUGGGUGCCAAAUUCCCGCAUCCAGAGGCAGGACGAGGAGGCGCUGAGGUACAUCACUCCAGAGAGCUCGCCUGUGCGCAGGAACGCCCGCCGCAGAGGCAGAAGGCCACGCUCGCGUCCUCCAGCAGCUCCGGAGGACGUCGAGGACGAUGAGAAGAACACCUCCACUGAGAGCCAAAGCCUGGUGGGAGAGGGAGGUCCGGAUCCCCUCUCCUACCAGCAGCAUCUGCUCUCGGCUGGAGAGGAGGGCGACGAGGGUUCCUGCGAGCUGUCGGACGAAGUGAGCCGGGACAGCACCAUGGGUUCAGACUCGGACACCUUCUCGUCCCCGUUCUGCCUGUCUCCUGUCAGCGAGGCUCUGUGUGAGAGCAGCGGCUCCGUCUUCCUGGACAACGAAAGCAGCAGGGAGUUAUGCGAGGAGUCCAUGAACCACUCUGUUAGCUCAGCAUCCAGUCUGGACAGCCACGCCCACUCUGAGAGCAGCAGCCAAUCACAAGCCACGCGGUGGGAGGAGCAACAGAAGCUACUUGCUCUGGAGCAGUUGUGCGGCGUUUUCCGGGUGGACCUGGGUCACAUGAGGUCGUUGAGACUCUUCUUCAGUGAUGAGGCAUGCACUAGUGGCCAGCUUGUGAUCGCCAGCAGAGAGAGCCAAUAUAAGAUCCUCCACUUUCAUCACGCCGGCCUGGACAAGCUGGCCGAGGUCUUCCAACAGUGGAAGUGCUGCAGGGAAACUCAAAUUAAAGAUCAGGUGUCAGAUGAAAAGUCUUGCAUGCAGUUUUCCAUCCAGAGGCCGACCUUGCCAUCAGCCGAGACCCACCCGGAGGAGAGGCUGUACCGACGGCUGGACGUCACCACCUGGCUGCGUCACCUCAACCACAGCGGACAGGUGGAGGAGGAGUACAAGCUGCGCAAGGCCAUCUUUUUCGGCGGUAUCGACCCAUCCAUCCGUGGCGAGGUGUGGCCCUUCCUGCUGCACUACUACAGCUACGACUCCACCUCUGAGGAGAGGGAGGCCUGGAGGCUGCAGAAGCGCGCUCACUAUCACGACAUCCAGCAGAGGAGAUUGUCCAUGAGCCCCGAGGAGCACAGCGAGUUCUGGAGGAAGGUCCAGUUCACGGUGGACAAAGACGUGGUCAGAACGGACCGCAGCAACCAGUUCUUUAGAGGAGAGAAUAACCCAAAUGUGGAGAUCAUGAGGCGAAUUCUGCUCAACUACGCAGUGUUUAAUCCCGACAUGGGUUACUGCCAGGGCAUGUCCGACCUGGUCGCCCCGCUGCUCACAGAGAUCCAGGACGAAAGCGACACUUUCUGGUGCUUCGUCGGCCUCAUGGAGAACACCAUCUUCAUCAGCUCCCCGCGGGACGAAGACAUGGAGCGGCAGCUGAUGUACCUGCGGGAGCUGCUGCGACUCAUGCUGCCACGCUUCCACCAGCACCUGACCCGGCUCGGGGAGGACGGGCUCCAGCUGCUCUUCUGCCACCGCUGGGUUCUGCUGUGCUUCAAGAGGGAGUUCCCUGACACGGAGGCCCUGCGCAUGUGGGAGGCCUGCUGGGCACACUACCAGACGGACUACUUCCACCUGUUCCUGUGUGUGUCCAUCAUUGUUCUGUACGGAGAGGACGUGAUGGAGCAGCAGCUCGCCACCGACCAGAUGCUGCUGCACUUCAGCAACCUCUCCAUGCACAUGAACGGGGAGCUGGUGCUCCGCAAGGCCCGCAGCCUUCUGUACCAGUUCCGCCUCCUUCCCAGGAUCCCGUGCAGCCUACAUGACCUUUGUAAACUGUGCGGCCCGGGGAUGUGGGACAGCCGCUACAUCCCCACCGUGGAGUGUUCAGGCGAACACCCAGACUCGCAGAGCUGCCCCUAUGGAGGCACCGCCACUCCUCAGAACUCCUCGCCCUCCCCGUCGUCCUCGCCCAACCACACCCCCACGCCUCCACCCGUCAGCAAGAGGGGCUCCAAAAAACGAGACAUUUUCACAUUCAGGAAGCAGUCGUGA